AGAGAGUUUGGAGGUUUAGGAGAGUGAGGAGAGAAAGUCAGGAGAGAAUGGAGCCAGCUAAGAAGAGGAGGAUGUCCUCCCCUGUGUGGGAACAUUUUGAUCUUAUUCCUCCCAACAAGGUGAAGUGUUUGCUAUGUGCCAGGGAGCUGGGAUAUAACAACAACACCUCAUCCAUGCUUACGCACUACAGAGCUUUGCAUGACAAUAAGGAGAACACCGAUUGUGGAGCAAGACCAGGCCCUGAAAGUCAUGGUGGAGGCCAGGUACCAGGAGAUGAAGGAGAAAGCUAAGGCCAGCAUUGAGAAGGCAGCAGCUGUGAGUCUGACAUCAGAUAUGUGGACCUCCAUCAACACAGAGGCCUAUCUUGCAGUCACCUGCCAUUUUGUUGAUGAGUCCAGCACAUUAAACACUGUUGUUUUAGGAGUGCAAUAUUUUCCUAAUGCACACACUGCAGAAAAUAUUGCACAAGUGAAAGGCUCACUCAUGACAGAAUGGGCAAUUACUGACAAAGUCACAUGCCUAGUAACAGAUGGGGCUGCCAAUAUGGGGGCUUGUGCAAGGGAGCUACGACUCAAAUAUGCCAUAUGCAUAGCUCACACCCUGAACUUAGUGGUGAAGAAGGCCCUUGACCAGACCGCUGAGGUCUCUGACAUCCGAGCCAAGUCCAGGAAGAUCGUGGGAUAUUUCAGGAGCAGUACCACUGCAAAGGAGAGGCUUUCAGUGGUGCAGGAACAACUAAGGAAGCCUCAACUCAAACUAAUACAGGAGGUGGAAACCCGCUGGAACAGCACUUAUAAUAUGCUGCAAAGACUGUUCGAGCAAAGGGAGCCAGUGGGUGCUGCUUUGGCAAGUCUCACAACAGACAUCCCACCUGUUUCAUCUGAGGAAUUUGGUAUAAUUUCAGAGUGUGUGGUUGUCCUAGCACCAUUUAACGAUGCAACCACUGAGCUCUCUCAGGAAAAAAGGGUGUCUGGGUCAAAGGUCAUACCUUUGCUCGCUAUGCUGGAUCAUUGCCUCAAUGAACAAAUGGAAAAAUCACCAUCCAUUGGGUCUUCUCUGGCUCAGAAGCUGAGGAUGCUAUUGAGAGAGAAGCCAGAUAAAAUACAAACCAUGAGCAUUAUGUUCUUUGCGACACUGCUGGACCCAAGGUUCAGAAAACUCGGGUUUCUCAGCCCUGCAAGAGCUAGCGAAGCAGAAAAAAGACUGAAAGCAGAAUGUGCUUCUGUAAUGAGGGCCUCCACCACCUCCUCUUCUUCCGCACCACCACCACAGCCAUCAACGUCACAAACUGUUGAGGCUGUUUCCCACGGUAACAACCUGUGGCGUCGCCUGGAUGAAAGUGUCAGGCAGACACAGACACAAAAUGUGACAGCAGACGCGAAUAUUGAGGUCCAACGUUACAUGAUGGAGCCAAAUAUUGGAAGGCUGGAGGACCCCCUUAAAUACUGGGAGAGACAAAAAUAUGUCUAUCCUCACUUAUAUAAGUUAGCACUGACAUACCUGUGUACCCCUGCCUCAUCUGUGCCCUGUGAGCAAGUGUUUUCAAAAGCAGGGGAAAUAUUGUCCAAAAAAAGAAAUCGCCUACGACCUGCCACAGUGGAGAAACUGUUGUUUUUAAAUAAAAACCAAUGAUGUGGCCCCUAAACACUAAUCACUGUCCAUACCUCAACAUUACAAAAGCACAACCACUGUCCAUACCCCAACCACACCUCACCUCACAGUAAAUGAUCAUUUCCGUUUUAAGCAUUUCCAAAUAAUCAUUUUCCGUACUGCCAGUAUAAAUAUACACAGUAUACUGCCAUCACUACAAUAUACAUGUUUUACACACUCCUUUUGUUGUUGACAUUUACAGGCUGUGUGCAAAAUGCCACACUCUUCAAAUUCAUGCCAACUAAUAUUUUUACGUCCAGUAGAUGUCCUACUAGAGCAAAUGAAGCUUCAAGACGCUUUGCGCUGGGGUGAAGCAAUUGGAUGAAAAGCUUCAGUGGUUCAUGAAGCUUCAUCUGCCCAUCACUGGUAAGUAGAAACACAAGCUCAAGGCUUGGCUUGUACUUGGGUCGCACUAACUUAGUAAGACAACGAUCCAGCGAGUACUCAAGGGCUGCCGCUCCCUUACGGAGAGGCCACAACGAGGGCAUCAGGAACAGGUGCGUGAUCAAUCCAGGCUGUGAAGGCAGAAGAUGGGAAACCUCACACAGUCCUGCUUCUGCACCAAAACCAGAACAGACAGACACACAUGACAGAGGGGAGAGAGAGAAAGAGAACGCUGCAGAUUCCAAAACAGUGACGUGGGACUCAUUGGAGGGUAGUGUUUGCAUUGCUUUGCUCUGUCUGACAGCUCGUUCACACUCGGAGGAUUAAAAGUGCUCUGUGGACGCUCAAAGUCUUUGUGGAUCAAAUUAUUCCACAAUGAAAACUGAUUAGGAAUCAAUAAAAGAAUCAAGUGUGAUGUGGACAAAAAACUACAAAACCUACUUCAUAAAACAAAAAGUAUUAUUUAAUAAGAUGCAACUAUAAAAGUACUAAGGGGGGAAGUUAAAGUCGAUGUAAUCUGUAUUUGAGUGCAGUACUCAUACUGCAUUACAUUUGAAACCACAGCAGAAAU